CAUUUUCCUUUGGGAAAAACGUUGGGAGAGAUUGUGCUCCUUGACAGUCUGAGAGUGGUAGAGACGUCUAUCUUGGAUCAGAUAUCUGGUUAAUGUGGGUUCAUGCCGGCUGUUCUCAUCUCUUUCUUGGAACUGGAUUAUAUCGUAAAAAGUGGGACUUAGCCAGUUCGGCCAACUACAUCCAAGGCCCCACCACACCACAUGCACAGCCCCUACCCUACUACUACGCCAUCUACUGCAUGCCCCCACUCCCCCCACCUUUUUCCUAUUUAAACCUACUUAUCCCAUUGCAUUGGAGAAAAGCCCAAGAGAAGAUAUUACUGAAAAAAGUUGAGAGAAUAAAAAGAUUAUUUCUUUUUUGGCCUUGUACCAAUUACACAACAUGGAAGUGACUAUGGAAGUAGAAGAUGAUCUGUUCUUCGCAGAUUUAAGCAAGCAAAUCUCUCUUCUAAUUAUGGACGAGGAGGAGGAGGACCCAGUUGCAAACUUUCCAGUUUCUCUUCAGGAAUUCUCUCGAGCAAUCUAUCCGCCAGAAAGAUUACCUCCAAUUCUAUACGUGCAAACAUGCCGGAGAGAAAGCAAAGGGACCGGAGUUUUCAUUCCUCAGUCAUCACUGCCGAGAAGGAAGAAGCACAGACAAGGAAGAUUUGCUUCUUACAACGCAACAAUAUCCCGCAGAAAGCCUGAUACUACAGGGAUGGCCGUUUCCCAAGCGUCUUCCAACCAUUCUUUUGGGCCAAAAAAAGGUUGACUACUAGAGAUCCGGCCUUUGAGUUUAUAUAAAAAUAAUAUAUAAUCCUUAACAUAUAUACAUGGAAAAUAUAUAAAGUUGUUCACUGUUGAGGUGGAGAUCAGGGUUCGCCCAAGGUUUCCAACCCACCAAUAACAUGUAUGGAUGUUAUUUAGUUUGAUACAGGACAAGCUUUUCAUGUAGUGUUCGAGCUAGCUAGCUAGUAAGGCUAUUAAUGCAAAUCUAAUUAAAUUGUGGACCUUGUGAAAAUGACCAUUUUGACAGAUAACAAUGAGCAAAUUAUUUAAGAAGACAGAUGGCCGCCACUUGUACAAUAUUUCCCGUAUGGAGAAUCUUCUGUGUGUUGAUGGGGGAAGUCAUGAGUACUCAUACGCACGCUCUCCUCCUUCAGAUAAAAGAUUUCAAAACAAAAACUCGAUUGGCUUUUAUUUAGGAGCCGUCUUUUUUCGUCUGCUGCUUUCUUUUUUCUCUCUCGUAUUAUUAUUUCAACAAACACCAAAAUACCCAAAGCAGCCACCCUAAAAAAACCCAGAUCAGAGGGUUUGGAGCUUCGGCUCCUCAUCCCUCAUUCAUUUUCUCUUUAAUUUUUUCUUUCAUAUAUA